CAUGGAGAUCCGGGCUCCACGGGCACAGUAACCUUCGGGACGGCCCCGGUGACCACGCCAUCUAUACCCGGUGUAUCCGGAUCCGGUGGCCUUCCAGGAUCUACAACGUCAAACUGUGAAGACUUGGUAAACGUCACUGAUAUAGGUGUUAACACGACUUACGACUACGGCAAGGCCCUGGCCUACUCCAUUCUCUUCUUCGAGGCGCAACAAUCUGGUGUACUUCCGGCGAGUAACCGCAUCCCGUGGCGAGCUGAUUCCGCCGUAACUGACGGCCAGGACGCCGGCCUUGACCUCUCAGGAGGAUGGUAUGACGCUGGUGAUAACGUUAAAUUCGGUCUUCCAAUGGCCUCGACAACAACGCUCCUCCUGUGGGGACUGAUUCGGUAUAAAGACGCGUACAUUGCCACAGGACAGCUGGACUUCAUGUACAAUUCCGUGAAAUGGCCACUGGAUUAUUUCAUCAAAUGCCAUUCCGCUCCAAAUGAGCUUUAUGUACAGGUUGGAGACGGCGGGAAGGACCACGGUUUCUGGGGGCGGCCCGAGGACAUGACUAUGGCGCGGCCGAGUUUCAAGAUCGACGCCGCACAUCCGGGCGCUGAUGUUGCCGGGGAAACCGCAGCAGCUAUGGCCGCCGGCUAUAUUGCCUUCAAAGAGGAAGACCCGGCCUACGCUGCCAAAUUGCUGACUCAUGCCAAGCAGCUGUACGAGUUCGGGGACAAGAACAGAGGGAAAUACACAGAUUCGGUCAGCGCUGCAUCCGGUUAUUACAGGUCGAGCCAUUAUGUUGACGAAGUAGCCUGGGCAGCUUGCUGGCUCUAUCUAGCGACAGCAGACGAUAAGUACCUAACGGCAGCUGAAACACUGUACCCUGAUGUCAUCGAUGAGGUACCAUGGGCCCUCUCCUGGGACGACAAGAAAAUAGGAGUAGAGACUUUGCUGUACAACAUCACGGGCAAAGACAAGUACAAGACUGACAUUCAGACAGCCCUGAAGAGUUGGCUCCCUGGAGGAUCUUGGAAGUACACGCCCAAAGGUCUCGCCUUUAGGGACAAAUGGGGUCCUCUCAGAUAUGCUACAAAUGGCGCCCUAAUAGCUCUGGUGAACGCAGACAAUGGAAUUAACCCGGUGAUGUACAGAUCCUGGGCCGUGAAGGAGAUUAACUACGCUCUUGGAGAUACAGGACACAGUUAUGUGGUUGGAUUUGGUGUCAACCCCCCUCAGAGGCCUCACCACAGAUCAAGUUCCUGUCCGUUUAUCCCGGCUACAUGUGACUGGGGGGCGUUUAACAAUGCUGGGCCAAACCCACAGACGCUGUGUGGGGCUCUGGUGGGAGGACCUGAUGUUGGAGACGUCUAUGUGGACAGCCGAAAAGACUAUGUCCGUAACGAAGUGGCCUGUGACUACAACUCGGGCUAUCAAUCCGCUCUGGCCGAUGCUUACUAA